AUGCAGAUUCUCGUGGACACUCUCGCCGGCGAGACGAUCUCCCUCAAGCUCGAACCAUCAGACACCAUCUACCUUGUCAAGGCCAAGAUCCAGGAUAAGUGGCACGGCUUUCUCAAGGACCAGCAGUGCCUCAUCUUCGCCAACGGACAGCUCGACGACGAAGAAGAAGAAGGCAGGACCCUGGCGGACCUCAACAUCCGCAACGACGCCACCCUCCUCCUCGUCCUACACAGCCGGUGUCCCAGAGGGAUGAUGAAGACCUACGUGAAGACGCUACGGCAAAAUUUCUAUAAUCUUGAGGUGAGGAGCACAGAUACCGUCUAUAAUGUCAAGGAGAAGAUCUGGGCAGCGGAAGGCAUUGCCCCGGGCCAGCAGAGCCUCAUAUUUGAGGGCAAGUCAAUGAAGGAUGACCGUACCUUGGCACACUAUAAUAUCCGGAUGUAUGAAGUUCUCUAUUUUGUGCUCAACCUACGUGGUUGA